AUGGCCAUUGACCAGCUGUGUGGUAUCACAUCUGGGGAACUCCAGUACAAAUACGAAUACAACAAGCUGACUUUAAUGCUGUCAGAAGGGACAGGUUAUAUGGCAGAAGUACUGAAUGCUUACUUAAGGGAGAGGAUGAUUGCCAUGCCCUUGAAGAAUAUGGUGAUUGAGAAUGUUGAUGUCUGUCUUAGCUUUCUGGCAGCCAGAGGAGUAAAUGUCCAAGGUCUUUCUGCUGAAGAAAUAAGGAAUGGAAAUCUGAAAGCCAUUUUGGGGCUGUUUUUCAGUUUGUCUCGUUAUAAACAGCAGCAACACCAACAGCAACAGUACUACCAAUCUUUGGUCGAGCUACAGCAGCACGUCUCUCAUUCUCCCCCUCCCGCUGAUAUUGGCCAGCCCAAAACCCAGCAAGAUAUGCAGUCCAGUCUGACAGCCAGAUAUGCAACUCAGUCUAAUCACAGUGGAAUUGCAACCAGUCAAAAAAAGCCUUCUAGGCUUCCCGGGCCCUCAAGGGUGCCAGCUGCAGGCAGCAGUACCAAAGUCCAGGGAGCAUCCAAUUUAAAUCGAAGAAGUCAGAGCUUUAAUAGCAUUGACAAAAACAAGCCUCCACAAUAUGCAAAUGGAAAUGAAAAAGAAUCCCCCAAAGGCCCUCACCCAUCCGCAGGCAUGAAUGGAAAUGUACAGCAUCCCACCAGCACUGGGCAGCAGCCGGUCUCUGCCAUCCCUUCUCCAAGUGCCAGCAAGCCUUGGCGCAGCAAGUCCAUGAAUGUCAAGCACAGUGCCACCUCUACCAUGCUGUCUGUCAAGCAGCCUAGCCCCGCAACCUCUCCUACACCUUCAGAUAGGCUUAAGCCACCCCUCUCUGAAGGACCAAAAACUCCUUCCUCUGGACAGAAAUCCAUGUUGGAGAAAUUCAAACUGGUUAAUGCUAGAACUGUCCUGCGGCCUCCCUUGUCAUCAUCAAAUUCAGGUCCCAAUGACAGUGGGAAAGAUGAGGAAGCUCUUUCAGAGUGUGUUGAAAUGGAUGGCUUCAGUGGUGGGCUCAACAGUGGUGGUUCCACCAGCAGCAGUCCUAAGAUAUCGCCGAAACUAACCCCUCCAAAAGCUGGAAGCAAAAAUCUCAGCAAUAAAAAGUCUUUGCUACAGCCAAAGGACAAAGAGGAAAAGAGCAGGGACAAAAAUAAAGUUUGCACUGAGAAGGCGGUAAAGGAAGAGAAGGACCAGGCCACAGAGACACCUACGAAAAAGACCUCAAAAAUUGCAAGCCUGAUCCCAAAGGGGAGUAAGACUACAUCAGCCAAGAAAGAAAGUUUAAUACCUUCCUCUAGUGGAAUACCAAAACCUGGAUCAAAAGUAUCUGUAUCUAAGCAGAGUCCAUCACUGGCAUGUUCAGGAAGUAAAGAAACUGAAAAACUAAGGAGUGCAAAAGGAAACCAACCCCAGUCAACAGCAAAAUCUCAAGGUAAUGAUAAAGCAUACACUCCUUGUAAUCUCCCAUCUUCAGAAGGAAAAGAAUCCAGUAUGGCUCUUACCCCUAGUUCAUCUACUGCUCUUUCAAUGGCUGCAACUAGUGGACAAGCAACAGGAAACAGUGUUGUUCAACUUCCUCAGCAACAGCAAUACAGCCACCCAAAUACAGCCACAGUAGCACCAUUUAUUUAUAGAACUCAUUCAGAAAAUGACAGUACCUCUCUCCCACCUGCUGACUCCUGCACCAGUCCUACAAAAAUGGAUUUGUCAUAUAGUAAGACUGCCAAACAGUGCCUAGAGGAAAUAUCUGGGGAAGAUCCUGAAACAAGAAGAAUGAGAACAGUAAAGAAUAUAGCAGACCUGAGACAGAACUUGGAAGAAACUAUGUCCAGUCUUAGAGGAACUCAGAUAAGCCACAGCACAUUGGAGACAACAUUUGACAGCACUGUGACAACUGAAGUGAAUGGGCGAAGCAUUCCAGGCUUGACAAGCCGAUCCUCUCCAGUAACUUGGAGACUUGGACAAGCUAGUCCUCGUCUUCAGGCAGGUGAUGCUCCUUCCCUUGGUGGAGGUUACCCUCGCAGUGGUGCUAGUCGCUUCAUACAUACUGAUCCAUCUCGAUUCAUGUACACCACACCUCUUCGCCGUGCAGCUGUUUCUCGCCUUGGGAAUAUAUCCCAAAUAGACAUGAGUGAAAAAGGAAAUAGUGAUCUGGACAUCUCCUCAGAUGUUGAUGUUGGAGGGUACAUGAGCGAUGGAGACAUUCUUGGGAAGAGCCUCCGAACUGAUGAUAUCAACAGUGGUUACAUGACAGAUGGAGGGCUCAACCUGUAUACGAGAAGCUUGAAUCGAAUACCAGACAUAGCUGCCUCCCGAGACGUCAUUCAAAGAGGGGUUCAUGAUGUCACUGUGGAUGCAGACAGCUGGGAUGACAGCAGUUCAGUUAGCAGCGGCCUCAGUGAUACCUUGGAUAACAUCAGCACGGAUGAUCUCAACACCACUUCUUCAGUCAGCUCCUACUCUAAUAUUACUGCCUCUUCAAGAAAGAAUGCACAUACUCAGAUGAAGACAGAUUCAGAGAAACGUUUGGUAACAGAUGGAGAACUGUGGGGCAGCAAUGAAGAACUGAAGAAGCCAGAGGAAGAUUUUGAUAGCAACACUGACAGUGGGAGCAAGUGGAAAAGCCAUCCCUCUGGCCUCCUUGAAGAUACUGAGAAAGGAGGACAGAAAACAGCUCUGUCUGUCUCUCAGACAGGUUCUUGGCGAAGAGGCAUGACUGCACAAGUAGGGGCAGCACCAUCAAGGCACAAAACUGGAACGGGCACUCUCAAGACACCUGGAAAAACAGAUGAUGUGAAAGCUUCAGAAAAAGUCAAAACUCCCCUCAAAGGACCCUCUAUCCAGCGUUCUCCUUCAGAUGCAGGGAAAAGCAGUGGCGACGAAGGGAAAAAGCCUCCCUCAGGCAUCGGCAGGUCGACAGCAACAGGUUCCUUUGGCUUCAAGAAAACGGGAGUUGGAUCUUCAACGAUCAUUACUGCGAGUGGGGCAACUAUAACAAGUGGGUCGGCCACUCUGGGAAAGAUGCCCAAGUCUGCAGCUAUCACUGGAAAGUCAAACACAGGGAGAAAAACCAGCCUAGAUGGUUCACAGAAUCAGGACGACGGCGUCUUGCACGUGAGCUCAAAGACCACCCUGCAGUACCGAAGUUUGCCGCGUCCUUCCAAAUCAAGCACAAGUGGGAUUCCUGGCAGGGGGGGACACAGAUCAAGCACUAGUAGCAUCGACUCCAAUGUCAGCAGCAAAUCCACCAGUGCUGCAGCCCCCAAUAAACUGAGGGAGCCCACGAAGAUUGGCUCGGGCCGCUCUAGUCCCGUGACCAUUAAUCAGACUGACAAGGAGAAGGAGAAGGUGGCCGUGUCCGAUUCUGAGAGCGUGUCAUUGUCCAGCUCUCCAAAAUCAAGCCCAACGUCAGCAAGUGCCUGUGGAACUCCAGGCCUCAGGCAGCCAGGUUCAAAAUACCCAGAUAUUGCUUCGCCCACAUUUAGAAGGUUGUUUGGUGCCAAAGCAAGUGGCAAGGCUGCCCCUGCCCCAAACACUGAAGGUGGGAAAUCCACAGCUGCCAUGCCCAGCCCUAGCACCACAUUAGCCCGGCAAGGCAGUCUGGAGUCUCCGUCUUCAGGUACAGGUAGCAUGGGCAGUGCAGGCGGGCAGAGUGGCGGCAGCAGUCCCCUCUUCAACAAACCCUCGGACUUAAAUGCAGACGUUGUCAGUUUAAGUCACUCCUUGGCGUCCAGUCCAGCAUCAGCCCAUUCGUUCACCUCAGGUGGUCUGGUCUGGGCCGCAAACCUGAGUAGUUCCUCUGCAGGCAGUAAGGACACCCCCAGUUACCAGUCAAUGACCAGCCUCCACACGAGCUCUGAAUCCAUUGAUCUCCCUCUCAGCCAUCACGGAUCCCUGUCUGGAUUGACGACAAGCACUCAAGAGGUCCAGACCCUUCUCAUGAGGACGGGAAGCGUGAGGUCUACUCUUUCAGAAAGCAUGCAGCUUGACAGAAAUACACUACCAAAAAAGGGAUUAAGGUAUACCCCAUCCUCUCGACAGGCCAGUCAGGAGGAAGGGAACGAGUGGCUGCGAUCCCAUUCCACAGGAGGACUACAAGACACUGGAAACCAGUCUCCCCUGGUGUCUCCUUCCGCCAUGUCUUCAUCUGCCACUGGGAAAUACUUUUCAAACUUAGUGAGUCCAACCAGUUUGUCCCAGUUUAAACUUCCUGGGCCCACUAUGAUGAGAUCAAACAGCAUUCGUGCUCAUUCUUCGUUUGAUCUCUAUGAUGAUUCCCAGCUAUGUGGUAGUGCCACAUCCUUAGAGGACAGGCCUCGUGCCAUUAGUCACUCUGGUUCCUUCAGAGAUAGCAUGGAAGAAGUACAUGGGUCCUCAUUAUCGCUAGUUUCCAGCACCUCUUCUCUUUACUCCACAGCUGAAGAAAAAGCACAUUCAGAGCAAAUUCAUAAACUACGAAGAGAGCUGGUGGCAUCACAGGAAAAAGUGGCCACCCUUACAUCGCAGCUCUCAGCAAAUGCCCAUCUAGUAGCGGCUUUUGAAAAGAGUUUAGGAAAUAUGACAGGCCGGUUGCAAAGCCUAACAAUGACAGCUGAACAAAAGGAAUCAGAGCUCAUAGAACUACGAGAAACUAUUGAAAUGCUGAAAGCUCAGAACUCUGCUGCACAGGCUGCUAUUCAGGGAGCUUUGAAUGGCCCUGACCAUGCUCAUAAAGAUUUGCGAAUAAGACGGCAACAUUCUUCUGAAAGUGUUUCCAGCAUCAAUAGCGGCACCAGUCAUUCAAGCAUGGGCAGCAGUAAUGAUGCCGAGUCCAAGAAAAAGAAAAAGAAAAAUUGGGUGAACUCUAGAGGAAGUGAGCUGAGAAGCUCUUUCAAACAAGCCUUUGGAAAGAAGAAGUCCACAAAGCCUCCUUCCUCACAUUCUGAUAUAGAAGAAGUCACAGAUUCAUCUCUUCCAUCCUCACCUAAGUUGCCCCACAGCUCUGGAGAUUGUGGGUCUGCAUCAAUAAAGCCAUCCCAAUCGACAUCCGCGUCAUCCUUAAUCUGGGCACCAAAGAAAAGGCAAACCGGUCACGUGAUCUACAAGCAUAGAUCCCGGAUCUGUGAAUGCACAGAGGCAGAGGCUGAAAUAAUUCUGCAGCUGAAAAAUGAGCUCAGGGAAAAAGAGCUCAAGUUAACGGAUAUUCGUCUAGAAGCUCUCAGCUCAGCACACCAUCUUGACCAGAUUCGAGAAGCCAUGAACCGCAUGCAGAAUGAAAUCGAGAUACUGAAAGCUGAAAAUGACCGCUUGAAGGCAGAGACUGGAAACAGUGGAAAGCCUGCCCGGCCAUGCUCAGAGUCUUCAAGCAGCACAUCUUCAUCAUCUUCUCGUCAGUCUUUGGGGCUCUCUUUGAAUAACUUGAAUAUCACUGAUUCAGUUGCAUCAGAUAUUUUACUGGAGGAUGUUACAGAUGGAACUCUUCAUAAAGAAGGCCAGAAUGUUAAAAUUAUGGUCACAAUAAACAAGGGCUAUGGUCGAUCCAAGGACCAAAAAAUGCAAGCAUAUUUGGUAGGAUCUAUUGGGGUCAGUGGCAAAACAAAAUGGGAUGUGCUAGAUGGUGUAAUCAGACGGCUUUUUAAGGAAUAUAUUUUCCGAAUAGAUCCAGCUACUAGCCUUGGUUUAGGCUCCGAUUGUAUCGCUAGCUAUUGUAUAGGUGAUAUCAUUAGAUCCCAUAGCCAAGAAGUGCCUGAAUUGCUGCCUUGUGGGUAUCUGGUUGGGGAUAAUAAUGUAAUCACUGUGAACCUUAAAGGAGUAGAAGAAAAUAGUUUGGACAGCUUUGUAUUUGAUACCUUAAUUCCUAAACCAAUUAGUCAACGGUACUUUAAUUUACUGAUGGAACAUCACAGAAUUAUCCUGUCAGGACCUAGUGGAACCGGGAAGACCUAUUUAGCCAACAGACUUGCAGAAUAUGUGAUAACUAAAUCUGGCAGGAAAAAAACGGAAGAUUCCAUUGCUACCUUUAAUGUAGAUCACAAAUCCAGCAAGGAUUUACAACAGUACCUUGCUAAUUUGGCUGAACAGUGCAGUGCUGAUAACAGCAGUGCAGAUCUUCCUAUAGUAAUAAUUCUUGACAACCUCCAUCAUGUUGGUUCUUUGAGUGACAUCUUCAAUGGUUUCCUUAACUGCAAAUAUAACAAAUGCCCUUAUAUUAUUGGAACAAUGAACCAAGGGAUUUCAUCUUCACCUAACCUCGAGUUACAUCAAAACUUCAGGUGGGUAUUGUGCGCUAAUCACACAGAACCCAUUAAAGGGUUCUUGUCCAGGUAUUUGAGAAGGAAAUUGAUUGAGACAGAAAUAGAGAGGAAUGUCCGCAAUAAUGACCUCAUCAAAAUUAUUGACUGGAUUCCCAAAACGUGGCAUCAUCUCAACAGCUUUUUAGAAACGCACAGUUCUUCUGAUGUAACCAUUGGUCCACGCCUCUUUUUGCCUUGCCCUAUGGAUGUGGACAGUUCCAGAGUGUGGUUCACAGAUCUCUGGAAUUAUUCCUUGGUACCAUAUAUUAUGGAAGCUGUGAGAGAAGGCCUUCAGAUGUACGGAAAACGAGCACCUUGGGAAGAUCCAUCUAGAUGGAUUGCAGAAACCUGCCCCUGGAGCUCCCUGCAGCAAGACUGGUCAUCCUUACUUCAGAUAAGACCUGAAGAUGUUGGAUAUGAAGGCUAUGCAUCUGCCAAAGAAGGAACCACUUCAAAGCACAUUCCACAGACAGAGUCAGAAGGAGAUCCUUUGAUGAAUAUGCUCAUGAGACUCAAAGAAGCAGCCAGCUACUCAAGCGCACAGAGCUGUGACAGUGAUACUGCUAGCCACCAUGAUGACAUUCUGGACCCCUCGCUUGAAUCAACCCUCUAGAGGGGCCUGGGCCUGGUUAGCGGAUGCUGGUAAAGCCUGUUC